UCUGAAUUUAGUAGUAAGAAAUUAUCAACAUUGUCGGUAUCAAUGUCAACAAAUAACAGAGAAUGUGUUCAAAACCGAACAAAAAAUAAAUAAACCAUCAUAUCAUCAAAUUAAUAUUUAGUAGUCCUGCUAGUAGCACGCAGUGGAGCUGUAAUCCUGACUGGCAUGUUCCCUAUGAGCCUUUGACACUGUUUAGUGAUAUUCUUGUCCCAUUCAUCUUGGAUUACUGCUUUUAAUUCUUCUAAAUUCCUAGGUUUACACUUUGAAACUGACUUUUUGAUAAUCUACCACAGAUUUUCAGUGAGGUUCAUGUCCGGGGAUUGAGCUGGCCACUCUCAGACCUGGAUACUGUUCUCCUGCAGCCAAAUUCUGCUGGCCCUGGAUGUGCGGCAAGGGGCAAUAUUUUGUUGAAACAUCCAAUUUUGACCUCGACAGAACAGAGCACGUGUAGAAGGGAGCAUGUGGGUUUGGAGAAUUGCACAGUAUUUGGCAGAGUUCAAUGUGCCAUCACAGAGAGUGAGAUGAUCAACACCAGCAACACUUGUGCAUCCCCAAACCAUGAUACUGUCUCCAACAUGCUUGACAGUAGGUACUGUACAUGAUGGAGAUAAUGUUUCACUUGGCCUUCUGCGUACCCUCACAUUAGCAGGAGGAAGAUAAAGCUGGAAACUGGACUCAUCUGACCACAGAAUCUUCUUCCAAUUCCUGGCUGUCCAGUUGUUGUGUGCUUGGGCCCAACGACACCGGGCUAACCUCUGUCUCUCAUUUAUCAGGGGCUUCUUAGUUUUGUAGGACCUUAAGCCAUGAACUAAAAGUCAGCCACAUACAGUGCAGGUGGACCACUGGACACUAGUUUGAUUUGACCACUGCUGCUGAAGCUCCUGUGAUGUCAUUGGACCAUUUUCUCUGCACAUGUGGAUCGGGAUAAUGCAAUUUUUUGCUGAAGGAUCGCUUGGAUGCCUAGAUCUUGGUUUGUCUUCAAAGUUGUUGGGUCGUCUGUAUUUCUGUGGAGUGUAUCCAAAUGCUGAAGGACUGCAUCUGCGCUUCCUGGCUACCUGGCAGCAGCUGGACCCUUCCUGGCUGACAAUCUGUAUCUACAGGCAUGUUUCCUGCAUUAGGUUCCUGGUUUUAGGCAUUUUUGUCUCUGAAGAACUUUCAAAUGUGCUGGCUUUAUAUAGACACAAAGCAUGUCUUUUAAUAAAAUGUAUGACCAUCAUUUGUGGAUCACUGGUACCAAAAUAACCCAAUGCUCAAAAUUUCUUAUGUAUUUUUGUGUAACCAAUCAGUUUAAAGUUUUUAAUAAUUCAUUUAAUUUGUUUAGUAUUUUAGCUGUGACUGUGCCAAAAGAAAUUGCACUUGAAGUCCCAAGUGUGAUUCUUAAUGCAAUAUUUCACAUAUGCAUGGGGUGUCUGAAAACUUUUUUACACCACUGUAAGUCUGUUGAGAGGAUGGAAGCUUUAAUAGACCAACAAUUAUUAUACGGUAUUUUCAACCUUCAGAAACAUUUAUUUUGAACAUUUCAACCACACAGAGGGAAAGUUUCUGAAUAAUACUGGAGGGGAAAAAUAAUCAACCCUUGAGAAGCUGCAUUGUACUGCAGGAGUGCUUUGAGACAUUGAGAGCUUCCCAAGAAUGUUUUGGUAUAUUUAGAAAAGUCAUUUUCUGUGUCACAAGGUCAGCAUUGGAAUCCAUUGUUGCUGCCAUUAUUCUGAGUUGACAACAGCUGUCGUUGUGCGCCACAGAGGAGUGAGAGUUAAACGUGUCAAGGUCAAGCCUACAGGUGGAUAUAGUGGGUGGAGCGCAGUAACACCAGCUUCAUCCAGGCAAUGCUGUAGGAUCUCAUGGGCAACUUCCAGGUUCUUCUACAUUGUCUUCAGGAAUGUUGCUGCUGUGUGGAACAUAACUCAUCAUGCUUCAAGCUCCAUAAGGAGACUGAGUCUACAUUAUCAACUGAUGGAGUCUGACCAUGGAUGAUGAGGUUGACCCCAAUGAAGAAAAUGUGAACUCUGUCUUGGCUCAAGAAUCCUCAGAACUUUUCCACAUUCUUAAUGGACAGUCUCCCACAGUCAUAAUGCAGCUGUGCCAAAUGAUGGCCAGUGAAGCUGGGUGGCAAAACCAGUUGUCCGCUGCUAGCUCCUCGACAAAUCCCAUCCAAGCCAUGUUGGAUUACUUCAGGACGGCCAGGGCUGAAAAAUGCCGCAUCUUCCUUCAGAGUGUGUGUCUCUGGUGUGAGAACAUCCCCAUGCGUCUGGAGUCGAGGCUCAUGUCAGUGGCUGGAGAUACAAGCAGUGAUCUCAAUCUAGAGGAUCAGAAUUCCCCAUCCCCACCUUCAGAGGAGCAGUUGAUGAAACGUCCACGGAUUGAUCACUGGGAUCAGUACUUUACUUCUGUGCGAGGUUUGCUGCAGAGGAGAUGGGAGCGACUUACAGAGCGCCUAGUCAAGGAUGUCCAGCUGGAGAAUGUGUGGGUUAGCCUGAGAACUACAAACAGAGUCAGGGAUAGGCCUGACCAAACCCCUGGGUCAGCAGACAGAGGGAGCAGAACACCAGAGUCUGAUGGGGAUUAUAUAUUCUUGGAGUCCAGACUGACUUUGGAGACCUUCCUCCAGGGAUGUGAAGGAAAAGUGACAGUUCUCGUCGGCCAGGCCGGGUCUGGAAAAACUCUGUUAAUGUCUUGUCUGGGACAGCAGUGGGCAAAUGGCCUAGGCCCUAUCCCUUCAUCUUACUUGUUUGUCCUGCUAGAGUUUCGUCAGCUCAAUCUAUUGUCCCGCCCUCUUACCCUGGCUGAGCUGCUGCUCCAGCACUACCUCCCUCCAAAUGGGGGCAACGAUGCACAGAGCGCGAUUGUGGACUGCCUCCUUUCCAAUCCAGAGCAAAGCUGUUGGGUUCUAGAUGGCUACGAUGAGUUUCACGGCAAACUCAACAGACAGGAGAUGCAGCGAGAACCGCUGGACUUAGAAAACCCUCUGCCCGUUGCAGACCUCAUUUCAGGAUUGUUAAAUCGUCAGCUUCUUAAAGGAAGCACCGUGCUGGUCACCUGUCGUGUACGUGAUGUUAUGGAUUUGGACGGCGUGUCAGAUAAAGUCGGCCAGCUGCUGGAAUGGGGCCACCAUGAGAUCAAGGAGUACGUGGACAAGUUCUUUGGUGUAAAAGGUCACUCAGCAGACAGAGCUCUUGGAGCACAAGCAGCGGAUCUCCUUCUCUCCAGUCGACACCUUCUUGCCAUGUCUUCCCUCCCUGCCCUCUGCAACAUCUGCUGCAUCUGUCUGGAGCAUUUACUGCUGGAAGGCACACAGAUCUCAGGAGAAAGAAGUGGGGAAGAGGACAGUAGAGGAGAGCCUCGUGCACACAGUGAACAAGGUGGAAAGAGAGAAGGCAGCGAAGACAUAGCAAAGGGUGGAACAAAUGGCAGAGCUCAGCUAUGCCCCACACUAGCCCAAAUCCCCACCACCCUCACCCAGGUCUACCUCACUGUUCUUGGUGCGUUUCUCGGCCGUGGCUCAAAUCAAGGAGGAAGAGAUUUCAGGCCACGGGAUGAAAGAUUUCCUCAGAGUACUGUGAACACACAGACCACUCUGAGUCAGUAUCGAUUGUGUACGUUGAGCCGACUGGCGUGGAGAGGUUUAGAGGAAAGCAAGAUUCUCUUUGAAGAAGAAGACAUUCCACAAGAUGUUUUAGAGUUUUCAGUCAGGACAGGGCUCAUGUCACAGGUGGAGCUCAGGCGUCAGGAUGGGAUGCUUGUCAGCGCCUACUGCUUCAUUCACCUGACGGUGCAGGAGUUUUUGGCUGCGCUUAGACUCAUGACUAGUGCUGAUGUUAGUGAUGCACAACUCAAGAAGAGAUUCAGUCUUAAAACCCGCUGGACAACCAAAUCAAACCACAAGACAGUCUUCACUGACUCCCUGUACCUGUAUGUAUGUGGUUUGGCUUCCCCACAAUGCACUCCAGCCUUGGUUCAAUUAGCCAGGGCUUCGGGUGGAACAAGAGUCCAAAGUUGGGUCCAGAAACGACAAGAGCUGGUUCGGAAAAUGCUCAAAACGCUGUGUCAAAGCAACACUCUAACUGGGCCAAAGAUACUGGAGCUUUGCCACUGCGUCCAGGAGAGCCAGGACCACCAACUGGCCAAGCAGUUUGUGGAUGCAAGACCUACCCUUGAGCUGCGCAAUAUCAGGCUACUACCUAAUGAUAUCGAGGCUCUGGCUUUUGUAGUUAAUGCAGGAGGAGAUAAUGACAUCGGUUUGGACUUUGGAGCAUGCUCAAUGGAGCUGGAGUGUUUAGAUGUCCUGUCCAGGUGCCAGUCCAUUCAUUGCCUCAGUUUUCGCAGCCGCAAGUACGGUGAUAAGUUUGCAGAGAAGUUGGCCUCUGUUUUGCCUGAAUUCACAGCCCUGAGGAAACUAGAGUUCUGUGGUUCCAGUCUGACUGCUAUGGGAGCAGCUUGUUUGGCAUCUGGUCUGCAGAAGUGUCCCGACAUCACUGAAAUCAAUCUAAGUGACAACAAUCUGAAAGACAACGGAAUCGGGCACAUCGCUGAGAUUUUUACCAAACUGCAAAAACUGGUCUCUGUCAUGCUGGGACGAAACAACACCUCUCUGAAAGCAGUGGACUAUCUCAUUGAGAAAAUGUCUUCGUGUUUGAACAUCCAACACGUUUGUGCUGAUGGGAUGAAAGAAGUGUCAGUAACGUUUUCCCCAGACACAGAUAAGAUCAGCCAUAAAACUAAACCCAAACCAACAAUCAGCUUGUUGAACCAAGAUUGGAGCAAGCCUGAGAUGCGAAACCUUGCCAGAACAUUGGCUCGCUGCCCUUCCCUGUCCGUAUUGGAUCUGUCUGGAGGCCAAUGGGAUGAGCAAACUUUAAAGACCCUGAUUCAGUUUUUGCCAGAGAUCCGCAUCACCGAGAAAAUCAUCUUGAAUGACAGCUGCUCAUCAGUGGAGAGUUUGGUGAUUCUGACUUCUCUGCUGUCUCAUUGUCCUCCUGUGGUGGAGCUUCACAUCAGACUACAGAGUCCUGUUCAAGUGUCUAUAGUGUUCUCUGGAGGGAGUGAAAAACCUGCAAAUGAAGUAUCUAAAAUGCUCUGUCUCAGCUGCUGUAAUCUGCUGCCUGCUGACCUGGAAAGAGUGUGGAAAAGUUUGGGAACCUCGUCUGGUCUCACUUUGUUGGAUUUGUCGAAUAACAGUUUAGGCAACAAAGGUCUGAGGAAGUUGUUGGAUGUCCUGCCUUGUCUUAGCAACAUCCAGGAAAUCAAUGCCAGUAACAAUGGCAUCGGUAUGGAGGGAGUGGUGAUGCUGGCCGAUGCUUUAUCCUCCUAUGACAGCUUAACACAAAUUCUCAUCAGUGAUGGCGGCAAAGACCAGGUGAUUCUAAAGUUCUCCCCUAAUAAAAGUGAUGACAAAGAGCAGCUAAAGAUGUUCAGAAUAAGGAACAGCAGCCUCCUCCCCUCUAAUGUAACCACUCUGUGCACAAGAUUGGUCCAGUGUGGCUCCCAUUUGGAGUUAGAGUUCUCCCACUGCUCACUGACAGACAGGGCAAUCAAGAAUCUGCAGAAAGUGUUGCCAAAGAUGAUGUCGCUGCAGAGACUCAAUGUCAGCCACAGCAUCACAUCCACAACUGAUGCACUGACACUAGUGAGUUGUUUGAAUGACAGUCAGCGAGUCACAUCAGUGGAGCUCAGGCCUCAGAGUGAUUCCUUCAUCAGUUUUGGAGCAGUGAAAGCAGAAGUGAAAGUGAGCUGCAGGGUAACAGGUUUUUGUCUGAAUGGUGGCAACUUGGACAGACUGCUUGAGAUCCUGCAGGGACCUCGACUGUCUCAUCUGGAUUUAUCAAGUAACCAACUGGAAGACAAAGGAUUGAAGUGUUUGGUGGACUUUCUGCCCAGACUUAAAAUCAGCAGCUAUGUCAACCUCAGUCACAAUCGACUGACCCAGCAGGGGCUGUUGGAUGUAGCCAGCACACUGUGUACCUGUCCUGAUGUCUCUUCUGUGGAAGUCAGUUUGGGAGAAGAGGAGAGGUGUCUCAUCUGGUUCAGACAAAGUGGAGGUUGUGAAAAGAGUCUUAGUGUCAGAGAAAGCAGUUUGAAGCGUGACCAUCUGGUCAGAUUAGUCGAUAUUGUACCCAACUAUCCCUGUGUGGCCAAACUGGAGUUCAAGAACAAUCAGCUGCAGUCAGAGUGGAUUGAAGAGUUUGUGAAGCUGUUGGACGGCAGUGAGAGAGGAUGCAUCAUCAGUAUUGAGGAGUCUUGGAUUCGAUCUGAGGCAGCUGUGUGUUUGUUGUGUCGCUGUUUGGACCUCAGUAGCAACAUUCAAACCAUCAGUAUUCACCAAACAACGCUCCACCUUUCUCUGAUGAAGUCUGCUGAAAUGACUUCAGUCAGUGAUGACGCUGCAGAUCCAGCUCAAUCAAUGGCCGUAAAGAAAAUUGGCCUGGUAGACUGUGCAGUUGAUGGCAGCCAGCUGUCGUUGAUGGAGAAAAUCAUCGAGAGAUGUCCUUUACUGACUGAGCUGGAUGUUUCCUACAACAUCCUGGGUAUAGUUGGAGCCACGUUUCUCUGUUCUUCUCUGCCAACGUUGCCAAAUCUCACUACUCUCAGUAUUGCAUCCAAAGAGGUAGAUUUGACUCUAACUGAGAAGUUUUCACAGGCUUUCCUGCAGUCUACAGCCAUUCAGCACUUAAAUCUAUCCGGUCACAUGAUCAGUAACACAGCAGCUGAGAAUAUGGCCAGAUUUUUGCCUCGUCUGCGAUCACUCCAUCUGUCUCAUUGUGUAUGGUUUGAGGCCGGAGGGCUGCAGCUCAUGGAAACUCUGGAACAGUGUGUCAAUCUGGAAGACCUUUGCCUGGACUGUGUGCAGCUGAAUGAGCAGAGCAGCAUCUUUCUGGCACAUGCACUGAGGAGUAUCACCUUAAUACGCAAUCUCAGGCUGAAUAAGAUCGCCACAGCAAUGGAACAAUCCCAAACGAACAGCUUGCUGGAUCUCCUGGCUGCUAUGGAUGGACUCACACAGAUACAGGGGAUAGAGCUGGACAGCUGGAGGAUGGCUGAUGCAGGAAUAGAACAGCUGACCAGACUCCUUCCUGUCUGGAAAGACCUCAAGAAGAUCAGUCUUUCAAAAAACCUUGUCAGUGACCAAUCAGGAGAGACGCUGCUCGAGGCUUUGAGGAGCUGUAGUCAUCUGGAGGAGCUGCAUCUUUCCAGUAACAGUCUUGGCGACCUCACUGCUGCUAAAAUGGCAGUUGUUCUUCCAUCACUGACACACCUCACUGUGUUAGAUAUUUCAGAGAAUCGUAUUGGAUGUGAGGGUUCCUCUAAUCUGUCCAAAGCAAUAAUGAGCAUGAAGAACCUCAGGAAGAUUAAUCUGACCGCUGUUGGGACUUCAGAGCUUUGUCCUGUCGCUGCCAGUCUGGCCCACUGUCCCCUCAUACAGGAUGUGGGUCUGGGAUGGAAUAAUUGCAGCGAUGACGUGGCACUGGAGCUGGCCAGAGUUUUGCCUUUGUGCCACAACCUGACCCAGAUAGACCUGGAGUCCAACAAUGUGAGUGUUUAUGGGGCCACGGCUCUGCUUAAAGCUUUACAGUAUUGCCCUGCUCUGCACCUCAUCAGACUGUGGAGGAACAAAGUGCUCCAGAGUGAAGCCCAGAGGCUCAGUCAGACGGACAGGAGGCUGAAUUUCUCAUUCACAUAAGUCAAUCCGUCCUGCUGGAUGGAGCAGAAGCAUCAUUCCAGUUCAUCAGAGGUGAAUCACAGCACAGAACUGCUUCAACCGCACACAGAGUUCAUUCUUCUUUCCUCUCUAUGGGUUUGUCACUGCAAAAUGCCUAAAUUCCAAGUUCCUACAACAUAUAAUGUAGGAAUGUUCCCCAUUUUUGCGCAUAUUUAAAUGAAUGAUUUUGCACCUGUUAGCUUCUAGUUUCACAGCAGUAAACUGGUGUAAUUAGCCAGUGAUGUAUCACUGUCUCUUCAGCCUGGAGCCAAAUUAAUGAACCUUUCUGAUGGUCCAUGCUGGGUGUGGAAAUCAGAAAGUUGGUGUGUUGUGGAUAUUACACCGAAAGACUUCCGUUUUGACUUGUGCAUCACACAAAUCCUUUAGUUUCUGGAGAGCUUCUGGACAGAACACAGAGAUGGCUGUUAGAAUAAUAUGCUGAUUUAAUGCAAAAAGAAAUGACUUUAAAGUAACUGUCUGUGUUACUGUAGACUACAGUUAAUUAAAAUGCAGAAAGGUAAAGUUUGAAAAAGUCAGGAAAUACAGUCUGAAAGCUGUGAAGCUUCUAAAACAGGGGUGUCAAACUCAUUUUCUUCAGGAGCAAUUUGGUCUCAAGUGACCAGUAAAAUCAUAACAUAAUAACCUAUAAAUAACCACAACUCCAAAUUUUUCCUUUGUUUUAGUGCAAAAAAGUUCACAUUUAAGGAAUUAUCUUUUUUUUUUUACUUUUUUUUUUUUACAAAUAAUUAUGAACAACCUGAAAUUUCUUUAGCAAAAUAAAUUCAAUUGCAAUCCACCGAAAGUCAGAUUAAAAAAAACAAAACACAAUAUUACAAACACGAGACACAAAACGACAAAAGUGAGAAACAAAACAACCAAAAAUGAGACGAAAGACAUGAAACAAAACAAAAAAGAGACAAUUAGACAAAAAAAGUUAUAAAGCACCAAAAAAUGGACAAACAACAAAAAUGAGACAAAACACAGAACAAGAAAAAUGCUACACAAAACAACGAAUAAAACGAAACACAGUGACAAAAAUAAGACAAAAAACACAAGCGAGACAAAAAGGAAACACAGAAUGACAAAAACGAAAAACAAAAUGACAAAAACAUGAGACAAAUGACAAAAGUCAGACAAAACAUUACAAAAAUGAGACACAAAAUGACACAAGAACGGUGAGCAAAAUAGUAUUUUACUUUCACAACAACUUCUCAUGGUCUAGAAGUUAUUUUAAAUUUAUAGUUUUACAAAUUGCAGUUAAUGUUUUCUCUUUAAUUUUUACACUUUACCAAGUUGUCCGCAUGUUUGACACCCCUGCUCUAAAAGUUCAAAGUGAGACUUUUUUAAAGACUGCUUUUGCUAAAUCAGACAUGGUCAAAGCGGUGAACCAGCUCGUUGAGUUUUCUUUCUUAGUGCAAUAAUGCAGACUUUUGCCUGACAGACACAGCUGAGGGUGAACAGAGCACAGGAAGAUUUAUCCAUGAGUCAGAGGAAACCGUUAAUGUGGGACAAUUGCAAAAUAAUUCAAAAAUAGUUUUCUGUAGGGAGGGUUCCGUAGAAUAUUGUGGAUGACACAUGUUGUAAUUUACUUUGGGUAUUUAGCAACUCAUGUAAUCAUAAAUGUAACAGCGUAAACCCUGACGAUCCAAAUGGACACGCAUUAGGACUGUGACACGGUUUGAAAUCUGUGGAUUCAGUGGACUUUCCACACCAUCGCUGCUCUUUCCUCCAACACAAACUGCUGUGAGACUAGAGGCCACGUCGUGUUCUUUAUCUUUCGUUGUUUCACGAAGCUUUCCCGUGAGAAAACCUACUACUUUAAGUAUGCAGACUCUGACGUAACGAGUCCACUUUGCACUGCGAUGCGUUUACAACAAUCGGAGGCCACAUUACUGAAAACACAAUGAAUCACAAACUCACAGUGAAGAAGAACUGAUCUGCUCUUCCAGUCAUUCUAGGUCGUGGUCUCGAUCCAAAUUGCGUAUUUAUUUCUGCUGUUCGUUCGGGAAAGAACGUAGCAAUAAUGUUUUUUUAAAUAUUUAUUUAAUUGUAAUUUAAGCUGAGUGAAACGUCUGGCAAAGGUUGAAUAAUAAAAUGAGAAUAUUUGAGACUGAAUUAAUAGCUUGCAUGUUUGUGCAACAGCUACAGUUCUCAUUAAUGAUAUUUGUUUAGUUUAUAACAGAUACUACUGUUCUAACACCGAUGCACCUUAUUUUAUAUCAUUUUCCCUCAUGUACUGUUGUUUAUCAUUUGCUGUUUUUUCAUUGUUUUUUAUUGUGAUGUUUACACUGGAUUUAAACCUGCUCAGGUUGAGUUGCUCUUUUGUGUAGUUUAUCUGUUAAAAGCAACUGUUGUUAAGGUUUGUUUUCAGGUUAUGAUUGAUGUUCUCCCAUGAUAUGUUGCCUGUAUUCUUGACAUUCAGAGAAUUUCAUUAAAAUGUUAGCUAAUAAUUAAAAACACUUGAGUUUACACCUUUA